AUGGCGAGUCCUGCCCCAGUAUACCGCCAGGCGCUGCCUUCUCCCCCACCAGCUUACCUCCGAUCUUCACCCCAAUUCACCCCAGCGCACGAAACAACACCCCGGACUAUCCCGAAGCGGCCGCAGAGCUUGCAGCUCAGCCGCAAGGUCGUCUCAUCUCCUGCAUUGCAAUCCGAAACCUCGGGGAUUCAAAACUCGCCGCGCUCAACAGUCAAAUUUGACUAUGGCGCAGAACUUCCGCCGGCAUCGACCGCCCGGAUUGACGGCGCAUACAGUGGUCCCACCACGCCACAAUUUGAGCUCACCGAGUUCGCAGACAUAUCGCUCGAUGACCCCGUCCAGCCACCUCAGCAGAGCUGGAAUCCUGCCUAUCCGCCACGGCGAGACUCAAUGCGGGCUUCGCAGCACAUACGGGCACAUUCAUACGGUCAUACGCCGGCGGGCAGUGGAACGUGGCCCGUGGUAGAGCCGCUGAAAGAUGAUGCACAAGAUAACCCAAAAAAGAGCGGCUCCUCUUUGGAGCACGGGGCUCAGAGCUAUAACAGCUCUUCGCGGGGAAGCUUAGAUAGCGCGGCGCACGCGUCGGACGGCUAUGAACCUUUGGCAUAUCACCAUCAGCAACAACCCACCGCAAAAUCGGCCGGUAAACAGGCCCUCAAUGUUGGGGAUACCACACCUGGCUCGACCGAUAAGCUGGCCAUGCGCCGAUCAAGGCUUGCGCGCCCUCUCUCGGCAUACUCAUCAAACUCGGAUCUCGGAGGCCAGGGCCACCGAAGAAACCUAUCUGCAUCGCCGUACCUGCAUGCGCGACCCUCUUCACGCAACUCAGGUGGAACCCCUGAGAAUCGGUCUACCUCCUUCCUAAAUCUGCUCAACACAUCAUACCCACAACCGGGCCCAACAGCGCAAUUUGACAACUCGCGCCUGAAGGCCGUCGUUGGCAACAAUGCAUCCCUGCUCAGUCAUAAAGAGACAUUCGAGAUGUAUCUAGCGAACGUAAAGAAGACCGACGAGCCAACAGUGCUGUACGAAUUUGCUGUGUUCAUGAUCAACUCAAUGCGCGAGAUGCCCGCUGUGGACCUCGAAGACUCCAGCCCCAUCACCCGCGCCCGUCUCCUCCGUGAAUCAAAGGCUAUUUUACAGCGUCUUGCAGAUCGUAGCUAUCCAUUCGCACAAUACUACCUGGGCGAUGGUUACGCGUCAGGCCUGUUUAACAAAGGCGUUGAAGACCAUGACCGGUCUUUCCCGCUUUUCCUCGCAGCCAGCAAACACGGCCAUGUCGAGGCUUGCUACCGCACAGCAUUGUGCUACGAGUUCGGCUGGGGCACUCGCGCCGAUGGCGGCCGCGCGGUGCAGUUCUACCGCCAGGCAGCGUCGAAGAACCAUCCUGGUGCUAUGAUGCGUAUGGCUAACGCUUGUCUUGCCGGCGAUAUGGGACUUGGCAAGCGGUACCGCGAGGGCAUCAAGUGGCUGAAGCGUGCGACUGAAUCCGCAGAUACGCAGUACAACUCGGGGCCAUACGAGCUCGGUGUGUUGCACGAGAAUGGUUUUGGAGAUGAUGUCUUCCCUGAUGCUACGUACGCAGCUCAACUAUUCACCAAGUCCGCGGAACUGGGCCAUGCCGAAGCUUGCUAUCGUCUUGGCGAUGCCUACGAGCACGGCAAGCUUAAUUGUCCGCGUGAUCCCGCCCUCAGUAUUCAUUUCUACACCACUGCUGCGCAAAAGGAACAUCCAGUUGCCAUGAUGGCGCUCUGUGCGUGGUAUCUCGUCGGUGCGGAGCCUGUUCUCGAAAAGGAUGAAAACGAGGCGUAUGAGUGGGCCCUUCGUGCAGCGAAUCUUGGUCUUGCGAAGGCUGAGUAUGCUGUCGGUUACUUUACUGAAAUGGGCAUUGGCUGCCGCCGUGAUCCCCUCCAGUCCAAUGUCUGGUACGUCAAGGCCGCCGACCAAGGCGAUGAGCGGGCUAAGCAUCGCAUUGCGACAAUUCGGGCUGCAGCAGAGGGUUCGCAUCCCUUGCAGACUGGGCGUAAUGGAGCGGCUCGCAAUGGCCGGCUCAGGAAAUCUGAUCGCAAGGACCAGAAUCCAGCUCAAGGCCAGGGUAAGUGA